UUGUUUUCGUUUUUGAUGGGCACUGCAGUGCAGGAGUUUUUUUGGGGGGCUACAGCUAACGUCGCUCGCAUGCUAUCUAGCUAGAUAAAAUGUAAAUGGCGAAUUGACAAAACGUCCAGGGACGUGCAUCCGGCGGAAAAGUAUUCUAGCCUAGUUACGUUAGUUAGCUAGUCUUUUAAAAUAAACACGCAGUAUAAGCUAACAUAGCUAGGAAGCUCCUACACCAGGCUAACGUUACAGGACAGUGCAAAAGAUGCAUCAUACAUGCACGUGGGUAGCCUCCUGCGCGUGGCCAUAAGGCGAGACCGCGACAGGGACCGCGACGAGCGGUCGAAGGACAGGGACAGAGACCGGGAUGCCAAGCUCUCUGGCAUGGCCCUGAACCCGGCUGUUGGCAGCGCAGGCCUCUCCCACAAGCAGACGGCCAUGCAGCAGCAGAUCAACCCGUUCACCAACCUGCCCCACACGCCGCGUUACUACGAGAUCCUGAAGAAGAGGCUGCAGCUGCCAGUGUGGGAGUACAAGGAGCGCUUCAACUACAUCCUGGGACGCCACCAGAGUUUUGUGCUCGUCGGUGAGACGGGCUCAGGCAAGACCACGCAGAUCCCCCAGUGGUGUGUGGACAUGGUUAAGGGGUUGGGCGGACCUAAGAAGGCAGUGGCCUGUACCCAGCCCAGGAGGGUGGCAGCCAUGAGCGUGGCCCAGAGGGUGGCCGAUGAGAUGGACGUCAAGCUGGGCCAGGAGGUCGGUUACUCCAUUCGAUUCGAGGACUGCAGCUCGGCCAAGACCUUCCUCAAGUACAUGACAGACGGUAUGUUGCUGCGGGAGGCCAUGAACGACCCUCUGCUGGAGCGCUACGGCGUCGUCAUCCUGGACGAGGCCCACGAGAGAACGCUUGCCACAGACAUCCUCAUGGGCGUCCUCAAAGAGGUGGUCCGCCAGAGGUCAGACCUCAAGGUCAUCGUCAUGAGCGCCACGCUGGAUGCCGGCAAGUUCCAGGUGUACUUUGACAGCUGUCCGCUGCUAACCAUCCCGGGACGCACGCACCCGGUAGAGAUCUUCUACACGCCGGAACCCGAGAGGGACUACCUGGAGGCAGCCAUCCGCACCGUUAUCCAGAUCCACAUGUGUGAAGAGGAGGAGGGCGACUGUCUGCUCUUCCUCACUGGACAAGAGGAAAUCGACGAGGCCUGCAAGCGCAUCAAGAGGGACAUCGACGACCUGGGACACGACGCGGGGGACAUCAAAAUCAUCCCGUUGUACUCGACGCUGCCGCCCCAGCAGCAGCAAAGGAUCUUUGAGCCGCCACCACCCCGCAAGCCCAACGGAGCCAUCGGGAGGAAGGUCGUGGUUUCGACAAACAUCGCUGAGACAUCCCUGACCAUUGACGGUGUGGUGUUUGUAAUUGAUCCCGGAUUUGCCAAGCAAAAGGUGUAUAACCCUCGUAUCAGAGUGGAGUCCCUCCUGGUGACGGCCAUCAGCAAAGCCUCGGCCCAGCAGAGGGCGGGGCGCGCCGGGAGGACACGCCCAGGGAAGUGCUUCCGCCUCUACACAGAGAAGGCCUACAAGACCGAGAUGCAGGACAACACGUAUCCAGAGAUUUUGAGGUCCAACCUGGGUUCGGUCGUGCUGCAGCUCAAGAAGCUAGGUAUCGACGACUUGGUUCAUUUCGACUUCAUGGACCCACCAGCACCGGAAACCCUGAUGCGGGCCCUGGAGCUGCUCAACUACGUGGCGGCACUCAACGAUGACGGCGACUUGACGGAGCUAGGCUCCAUGAUGGCCGAGUUCCCCCUAGACCCGCAGCUAGCCAAGAUGGUGAUUGCCUCCUGCGAGUUCAACUGCUCCAAUGAGAUCCUGUCCAUCACAGCCAUGCUGUCAGACCAUGAGUCGACACAGUGGUGCUACGACAACUUUGUGAACUACAGGUCGCUGAUGUCGGCCGACAACGUGCGCCAGCAGCUGUCCCGGAUCAUGGACCGCUUCAGCCUGCCCCGCCGCAGCACAGAGUUCACCAGCAGAGACUACUACAUCAACAUUCGCAGAGCGCUGGUCACAGGAUUCUUCAUGCAGGUAGCCCAUUUGGAGCGUACAGGCCACUACCUGACUGUGAAGGACAACCAGGUGGUCCAGCUGCACCCCUCCACUGUGCUGGACCACAAGCCGGAGUGGGUGAUGUACAAUGAGUUUGUGCUGACCACCAAAAACUACAUCCGCACCUGCACCGACAUCAAACCAGAGUGGCUGGUGAAAAUCGCCCCGCAGUACUAUGAGAUGGGAAACUUCCCCAACUGUGAAGCCAAGAGACAGUUGGAGCGCAUCGUAGCUAAACUCUCAACCAAGGAAUACUCUCAGUACUAACACAAGUGUGUAUGAGAACAAUACCAUCACCUCCAGCACUAAGGGCAUCUGAACUCUUUAUCUGAGCACUCUUCAUUUUCUUCAAAAGCCUUUUCUUCUCAUUGGUUCAUAAUGUAUUCUUUUCAUACUUUUUGUUUGGGUCUUCCUUAUUUUGACCACCUGUAGUCAUUUGUGAUUAACAGGUGGUUGGCACUGCGGCCGAUCCGGGUAGGAGUUAGUGCUCAACACAGUUACUGCCAUUGACCAUGGUAAAGCAUGACCAUUUAUGUAGAUGUUGACAUUCCUUUUUAGAAAGUGUGAACUCUUACUGAAAUGUACUUAGGUAGAGACAUUCCAUGCUAAUUCAUUGAACCAACUUUGACUUCAAUUUAUGGAAAAAUACCAGAGUGGACGGUUUAGCACCCUCUGUCUUGCUUGUAUAGCUACCAGACUUUGGUGUUAUGUUAGGGGGAGGCGCUCAAUAGGUUGAAAUGUUAAAAACGUGAUUGUCUUGUGUUUUAUAUAUUGUUUUUGAGGUUGGAAUAAUACUGUGAAAAUGAUAAUGCCCUUUUAGUGUAAGAGCUGUUUGAAAAGAGCCUGACAUUUCAGUCUGUUUUGAUUGGAUGGACUUUUGUAAAUUAGUUGAUAGACCAAUAAGAAAGAGUUCCAAAGCUCUGCCAAUAACAGCUAGUUUUCUGUUUUCCCCUCGCCACUCAGACCACUUCCAGACAGUCCAAGCUAAGUUCUUGCUUGAGAAAUUGCUUUCUUUUUGACCAUUUUAAUUGAAAACCAUCACAGUAAGGUACUUAUUUAACAAGAAAGGUUCGAUAUUGAUAUAAAAACAGAUGCAUAGGGCCUUUAAUGUAUGUUAAUGGACACAAGGGCGAUCCCCUUGUGUGAACAAAUGUGAGAUUAUAGUGGUGUGCAGACUGGGAAAUCACCUGGUCAUCCAUUUUAAAUAACAUGAAUAAACUGUAAUAAUUUGUAA